AUGAAGGAAUUUCUAGUGAUUGCCCUUGUGGCAAGUGUAGCCACAGCAAUGAAAAUGCCCGCUGUUCUUCAGAGUGAAGAGCACCCACUGCAAGGCUUUAGCUGCGGUGCUGACUCCACCCUUGGUGAAUGCCUGGGUGAGCUGAAAAUGGCGCUGAUUGAUCUUCAACAGUUUCUCAUCGAGCAUCACCGUCAGAGCGACUCCGACGUUCUAAAUAUCCUCAAAGGUCUGCCGCAUCCACUCAAAUGCAUCCUGAAGCGCAUUGCCUCCGAAGAACACCAUGCCGAAGAGCACGAUAGGGCGGAGCAAGUCAACGGUGAUCGAAGCAAGGAUGAAGAAGAAACCAGUGGAGAUAUUGCUGAAUCACAAGUGACGGAGGAAACCAACAACGGUCCAAGGCGCAAUGGCAGGCGAGGCGGACGACGUGGAGAGCGCCCAAUAGGUGAGACCGAGGAACGCCAGGGAGGUCGUCGUGGAGGUGGUAAUGAUUCUACUGCAGAGGGUGAGAAUCCAACACAAGAAUCAGGAGAAGAACGUCGCCGCGACGGACCACGACGUGGAGCGCCCCGCCGUGAACGCCCCUCUGAUGAGAUGGGGGAGAGACGCCGUGGCGGCCCUCGUCGACCGCGACCCACCUCGGAGGAUGGUGAGACUAGCAGCGAUGAUGGUGCGGACAACGAGAAUCAAGGCCGUGGUGGUCGACGUGGUGGUCCCCUUCGCCGUGAGCGUCCUACAGGCGAGUCAGAUAUGGCUAGAGAUGAUCCACGCCGCCGCCAGAGGCCUACAAAGGAUACUGCAAAGGCGAGCAGCGUCGAGGAGGGCUCCGUCACUGAAGAACGGAGACGUGGUGGACGAAGCAGGCCAGGUCGUCGUGAACGACCCACUGGGGAGACUGAAGGAGAGGAUGGACGUCGUGAAGGUCGCCGUGGUCCACGUCGUGAGCGUCCAACAGGCGAGGUUGGUUCUGAUGAAGAAGGAGCGAGGCGUCGUGAAAGACCAACUGGCGAGACUGAAGGAGAGGGUGGACGUCGUGGAGGCCGCCGUAGUCCACGUCGUGAGCGUCCAACAGGCGAGGUUGGUUCUGAUGAAGAAGGAGCAAGGCGUCGUGGACGACCAUUCGGUUUCCAAAGACGCGGAACACCUUCUACAGAGGAGCCCAGUAAUGUUGACAGUACAGAGGGCGCCGACAGUAGCGAAGAGGGCAAUGGACGCCGACCCGGAUUUCUGAAAUGGCUUUUCGGUAGACAGUAA